CUGUGAUGUGUCAAAAAGUGUAAAUGUGUGUGUAACAGUGAUGUUUUGGAACUAUAAAAUUUUGUGUUAAAAAUGUUAAUUAAUUUUCUGUGGCUGCAGAAAAGAGAUCAGUGAUUGAAAUCAUAAUAGAGACACUGUGACGCAAUCUCUGAAAAAUGUCGUGGCUCAAUUUAGACAGCCUGAACAAUAUAAAAGGGCAAAUAACAAAGGUGAUCCAAGACACUGUGGUUCAGCCUGUCCAGGAAGAUGAUGAGGUUGACCACGUAGCCAAAUUAGAAAAUGCCACCAGAAGAGUCGAGGAGCUCACUGAGCUAUGCACCACGCAGGAUCAGGAGCUCACGACACUUCGAAGGCAGAUUCUUGAAUUACAGCAACAGCAGCAACAUGCAAAAGUUGCUGAAUGUGUAGCCGGAAAGUCGACUCAAGAACCAAAUGCCCAAAUUGAUGACAGUUGGUUCUGGGAACCUGACAACAACACCUCCUCCUCAUCCUCCAAGAAUGAGGAGAUCCUGUCCAAAUCGCCCUCAGGAGGUGACUUGACGAUUAUUCCGCUGGACCAGUCGAGUGAUACAGACUCCCAAGAGCGAUAUCACAGGAAACUGGAUGAGACAGAGACCAAACUGAAGAAGGCCAACCUGGAGAAUGCUCUACUGAUGGAGAAGGUUAAGCAAUUGACGGGAGAGAAUAGGGAUCUCAAUGAGAAUAUCGAGGAGUUGGAUAAGCAACACUCGGUGAUCGUUGAGAAUCUCCUGGCACAGAAGAAUCAACUCCAAGAGCAAUUGACCGAAGUUAAGGCUUCGGGAGACAAUCUGGCCAGGAUGAAGAAGGAACUGGCUGAUUUGGCGGGAAAGCAUGAGAAAGUGGAGAGUGCUUAUGUGCAGAGUGUUCAGGAAAAUGUGUCAACAAAAACACAAAUGGAAGCGAUUAAUUCUGAGCUGAGAAGGUCAGUUUGUGAGAAUGUUGAGCUCGUGGCGGCAAUUGAGGUGAAGAAUGAAGAAUUGAAGAAUCUUCUGGCUGAAAAGGACAAGCUUCAGCAUGAAUUUCAGGACUUUUUCGUGAAGAUGAAGGGUGAGAGGGACAAUGAAGCGACUACAGUUAAGCAACUUAUGGAUAAAAUUAAUUUUCUCGAGCAAGAUGUUCAGAAGUCCUCCAGCUAUUCCAUGGAGAUCAAGCAGAAGGUUGUGGAGUUGAGUGAACAACUGGAGAGGGAGCAAUUGGAAAAACAGGAACUUCAGCAGGAAUUUUUGGCUUUUCAAGAAUCUGUGCGUGAAUUCAAGAAAAAUUCCACAGAUGCCCAGAAACUCGAGGAUCAGGAGUAUCAGGAGAUGAAGAGAAAAUUCCCAAUUAUUGAGGAAGAAUUGAAAAUUGCCCGGGAAACAAUUGGGGAAUUUCAGUCAAAGUGUCAGGCAAUUGAAAUUGAGAAUAAACAACUCAAUGAGGAUUAUGUGGCUCUUCAGGAAGAUGAUUUGACAUUGCAGAGGAAUUUUCAUGCCCUUGAGGAGAAAUUGGCAGAAUCUGAAAGGAUUUGUACUGAAGUUAAGCAGAAAUAUGAGCAAGUUGCGAUUGAAAGGAAGCAGAUUGAGGAGGAUUUUGUAGCGCUUCAAGAGGAAGAUUUGGACCUUCAGAGGGAUUUCCAUAGCCUCAAGGAGAAAUACUCAGAAUCUGAGAGGAUUGGGCAGGAAGUAGAGGCGGGAAAGAGCAAAAUCCAAGCGCUCGAGGCUGCUGAAGGACAUAACCUCACAUUGCAGAAGGAUUUUCAAGCCCUCCAGGAGAGAUUGUUAGAAUCUGAAAGGAUUUGCCAGGAAAUGAGUCAGAAAUAUGAGCAAGCUGCAAUUGAAAAGAGGCAGAUUGAGGAGGAUUUUACAGCUCUCCAAGAGGAAGAUCUGGAUCUUCAGAGGGAUUUCCAUGCUCUUAAGGAAAAGUUUGCAGAAUCUGAGAGGAUUUGCCAGGAAGAAAAGAGCAAAUUCCAAACGCUUCAGGCUGCAGGAGAACAUAACCUCACUUCGCAGAAGGACUUCCAAGCCCUUCAGGAGAAAUUACUAGAAUCUGAGAGGAUUUGCAAGGAAGUUACACAGAAAUAUGAGCAGGUUUCAAUUGAAAAGAGAAAGAUUGAGCAGGAUUUCAUAGCCCUCCAGGAGGAUGAUCUCAAUCUGCAGAGAGAAUUCCACAGUUUCCGGGAGCAGCAAACCUCCGGAAAUGGCAAUUUUACGCAACUUUCGGAAGAGAAUAACAAUCUGCAGAGGCAAAUAAUUGAUCUUCAGUCAAAAAUCAACAGUUGCAUUGUCGAAGAUGUUGGAGAUGUCAAGAUUCCAUCAUCCAGGAUUCUGGAACUCCUGAAAAACUACGGGAAUUUCACAUCACAUACAGAUGAUGGUCUCAGAAGCCUCGAGGAUUUCCUGAAAGCCACUCAAGAUACAAAAUACAAACUCGAAGCUGUUGAAAAGAGACUGGCUGAGGCUUUCAGCGGGAUCAAUCAGCAGAAGGAUGAAAUGCGGAAGCUGGAGCAUGAGAAGAAAACUAUCCAGGCGGAUUUGAUGCACUAUGAGAUCGAAUGCAGCGAAUUAAUGAAGAACAACGAGGUUCUAGUGCAGGAACUCGAUGAGAUCAAAUCCGGAAAGUUGGAAACUAUUCAGGAGAAUAGUGAGGAAACUGUAGCGAUGCUGGAAAAGCAAUUAGAGGAAUGCAAUGCCAUUAAUCAGAGCUUAGAGAACGAUUGUCAAGCCCUAAACAAUCGUCUGGAUCAAAUGGAGAGCGAAAGGGAUGAGAUUCAGCAGAAAAUUUCAAAUCUAGAAAUGGAAAUUGGUCAGAAAUCCGGGAAAAUCAGUGAACUCAGGGAAUUGGUGAAUUCCCUGGAGAAUGAAAAGUCCAAUUUGCAAUUUGAGCUGACAGAACUCAAAGUGGCAGAUUCGGGAAUUGAGAAGUUCCACAAGGAAAUAACUGACCUUCAAGCCCAGUUGGCCCAAUUCCAGGAAGCCCAUGAGAAAGAUAAAAUUCAGAUGGAAGAGUUGACUAAGGAAAAAAAUGAGCUUAUCAAUUUUGUGACGGUCAAACACAAUGAAAGUGUUCAGUAUCAUACAGAAAUUCAGCGACUCAAUCAACUUCUGCAGCAGGAAAUGACCAAAAAUGCCACAUGUACGAAAUGCCCUGAAUUCCAACAGAUGCUCCAGGAGAAUCAGGAAGCACUGAAAAGAAUGGUUCAGCUGGAAAAACUUCCAGAUAAAAUUGAUUUCCUACAGGAAAAAGCCAAUUUGUUGGAGAAAACUCUGCUGACAGAACAGCAAUCUGUCAAAGUACUUGCCAAGGAAAAGCAGGAACUCAUUGAGGAGAAGGGUAAUCUCACCAGAGAUCUCCAGAGACUCCAGCAGCAUCUGUUGUCCGUGGAGGAGGAUCAUACGACGCAGAUGGUGGAGCUGCAGCAUCAAGCAGAAGAGUACAAGAAUAAAUUGACUCUUCUGGAGCAAGAAGCCCAAAAAUCCAGCAAUGCUUACACCUCAGCCAGUAUUCGAGCCAAUCAGCAUGCAGAAACCCUACAAGCUCAGUAUAUGCUCCUGUCUCAGCAACGUGAUGAGUUAUCAGCUAAGCUAAGUGCUGCUGAAGAUCGCGAAUCCAAGAAUCAAGCCGCUCUGAUUAAUUUGCAGUGUGCUCUUGAACAAUUCCAGAGAGAUAAAGACCGUGAUGUCGAAGCUACAACGUUUAGGGUUAGGAAACAGCUGGAAGAUGAGCGAAAGGCUCAUGAGGAUGCCCUGAAUGAGGUUAGGUCACUGCAGAAUCAACUGUCAGAGGCUAAAACGGGCCUUCUGGCUGCUUCACGGAUCUCUGAUCAAUUGGAAAUGAGUCAGACAAAUUUAUCUGCUCAACGUGAAGAGAUGCAAAAACUCCAAGAAAAGUGCUCAAAAUUGGAGCAGAAAAUUCAUGAAUCGGAGACAAAUCAGGCGGAUAAAGUGGAGAAGACGCUGAUUAAGAAUUUGGUGAUUGGUUACGUGUCAGCACCGAAUCAGGGAGAUAAGUCUCAGAUUCUCAAACUCAUAUCAGCUGUACUGGAUUUCAAUCAGAAUGAAUCCGAUAGGAUUGGACUCAAAACAUCACAGAAUUGGGCUCAGACCGGAGGAGACGAAACCCAAGGAUUAGCGCAGGCCUUUGUGAAGUUCCUGGAGAAGGAAUCCCAGCCACGUCAGCCACCAACUUCCGCUUCCCUGCUGAAUAUCAGCCAUUCCGGAGGCAGUUCAAAGAAGCCUCCAACUCCGGCCAGCAAGAGUCCAGAACCAACUUCAACGACUCCUCAGCCACCGGUUCAGCCCAUUCUUCUCUCUGACAACAUCCUUCAGGCCCUCUCCCCGCCACGGAACUCCAGCACUAUCCUCAAAGACAUCCUCAACGACACUUGACUCUAGGCCCCGGGAGUUGUAUUCCAGUUCUGAGGAUUUUUCUUACUUUCUAUUGUACAUUUUUUUUGUCAUGUUAAUAAAGAUGAAUUUUAUUCUGAGGUUUCAAAAGAGUC